AUGACAUCAUGUCAAAUUUUCCUAUCGAUGACUAUAAGAACUGAAUUCUCGUUUCUGAUCAACUCUCGCGAGCUGUCAACGAAGAAUUAGCGCGCAGCGAGAAGGGAAUUCGUAUCUGAAAAUGCUGUUCUACUCGUUCUUUAAGUCGUUGGUGGGGAAGGACGUGGUGGUGGAGCUGAAGAAUGAUUUGAGUAUCUGUGGAACUCUGCAUUCGGUUGAUCAGUAUCUGAACAUCAAGCUUACAGACAUCAGUGUCACAGACCCGGAGAAAUACCCCCACAUGCUUUCGGUGAAGAACUGUUUUAUCCGUGGCUCCGUGGUGCGGUACGUACAGCUACCUGCGGACGAGGUGGACACGCAGCUACUGCAGGACGCCGCUCGCAAAGAGGCCAUGCAGCAGAAACAGUGAUUUCAACUGGGGAGGGAGGGGCAGGAGAGAUGGGUUAGUGGGUAGGGUUUUUUAUUCACUUUUUGAGGCAGGUAGGGAUUAUUCAGCAACAAACAGCAGAAGAUAUGUUUUUGUUUUCGGGUGGGGGCACUAAAAUGUAAGUAAUUCUAUAACUUGUAAGAAUGGAUUUUUGUUUUUUGAAACCGUGAAAAGGUCUGAAGUUUGAAGAUCAUUUUUAUUUUGUUAUGCGGUGUUUGACAUUUGAAAAAUAAUAAAUAAAUUAUAUAACU